AUGUCAACACAAGAGCAGAUUCUGAAGGAGCCAGACUCCACUUUACUUUCCUUCGUUACGUCACCGCAAUUCGAUGAUCGUCGAUAUCGUUUUCUACGAACUUAUACACCUACUCCGUAUCGUUCACCUUUCAAUACGUCGACCAUUUCAUUACCUGAAAUCAAGGAAGUAACUAAUGAAGACAACGAUACUUCUAGCACUACUAGUAGUAAAAGUUCCUUGCAAGCUCAUAAAAUAGUAAGUAAUUAUUGUAAUUAA